GACUACUGGGAAAGCGUGAAUAACAAGUCACUGACGAUAUUCAUUAUCAUGCAGAGGAGGCGACACACCCUGUUUAGUUACAAGAAAAUACAAGACAAGUGAAUAAGAGAUGGCAGCACUGAACCCCAACAACCAGCAACAAGCUGACAAGAGAAUAAUAGGAUUUGAUUGUGAGUUUGUGGAACCUCCACCAGAACGGUUCGUCCAAUCAGAGUGUCCAGUUUGUCUCCAGAUCAUUCGAGAGCCUCACCAGGUCACAUGCUGUGGAAAUAAGUUUUGCAAAGCUUGUAUUGAACACAUCAAAGCUAAUAAAAAUUUGUGCCCAACCUGCAACGAGAACAUUUCAAGCUUUCCCGACAAAGGUUUGAAACGAUCGCUCUACAGCUUGAAAGUUCAGUGUAGCCACCAGAAAGACGGGUGUGAGUGGACGGGGGAACUGAGACAGCUUGAUGAGCACCUUAACACAGAUCCACAGCCAGAGAAACAACUCAAUGGUUGUCAGUUUGUCGCGAUUGAUUGCAUCUAUAACUGCGGGAACCAUCAGCAGCGAAGGUACGUUCAAAACCAUCAAAUUAAGGAUUGCACCAAACGUCCAUUCGAUUGUGAGCACUGCCGUGAUUACAAGUCUACCUACGAUGAUGUCACCAACAACCACUGGCCUGUGUGUGCGUCCUUCCCUGUCCCCUGCCCUAACCAGUGUGGUUCAACUAUCCAACGUCAGAAUAUAGACAGCCAUGUUGUCGAUGGGUGCCCCCUGACUACCAUCAACUGUGACUUGCAUCAUGUAGGCUGUGCUGUGAAAAUCCCUCGACAAGACAUGCCAGAACACCAGAGAGAGAACCUACUCACACACAUCUCUCUAUUGGCCUCCAGUCAUGCCAAGCAACAAACUGAAAUUAAAAACUUGGUUGAUGAAAAUAGAAUAUUACAACUAGGCAGAUCGUUUGACAGUAAAAUAGCUGCACUAAAAAUCAAAGUUGAGCAACAGAACACUACUAGUAAUGCCGAGAUUAGAUCUUCUAAAACGAACUUAACUGCACUACAAACCAAAGUUACCGCACUAGAAGAAGGAAGUAUGUUUCUCGCUUCCGAGCAAAACGCUGACAUUGCUACUUUAGUUGAGGAGAAUAAACAGCUAAGGAUGAAAAUUACUGAAUUGGCACCAUUGCAACAAAUGCUCACCGUGAACUCUAGAUUUCUUGGUCCCCCUGUCCUUACAAUGACCAAUUACCAACAGCAUAAGAGAGAUGACGACCAAUGGCACUCCCCUCCAGUCUACACCCACCAUCAGGGCUACAAGAUCUGUCUCAGAGUGGACGUUAACGGCAUAGGCACUGGUAAAGGAACACACGUCUCUGUGUUUGUGUGCUUCAUGAGAGGAGAGUUUGACGAUUCAUUGAAAUGGCCGUUUCGUGGUGUGAUUUCAUAUCAACUACUAAACCAGGUCGAUGGCAAGGAUCAUAAAACAUACACAAUCACCUAUGAUGAUAAAAUACCUAACACGUACUGUACCAGAGUGACAGAGGGAGAGAGGGGAGAGGGGUGGGGACACCCACAGUUCUUUGCUCACACUAAACUGGAGCCCAAGUAUUUACAAAACGACACCCUUCUCUUCCAAAUACACAAAGUGAACUGAAGUAGUUGCUUAAUUAGAAGAGUGAUGAUCACGUAUACACACAAACAAACCGUAGACAUAAGUAUUAUCUGUGUACUGAUUGCAAUUGUAUUUGUUUGGACUA